UUGGACUCUGAAAGCUCAUACAUCUCUGUCAUUGUUCGCUUCUCAUCGACUUCUACAGAGAGAGAGACGAACUCUGGAGCUUUCUUUCUUCUACAUUUACAUGAGUUGAACUCUUUUCGUUAAGAAUUGCCAGUUAGUGAGUGAGAUUGUGUCUGAUUGUGCGAGAAUGGGGAGCAAUACACUGGUGGGAUUUCAGGACCAUUUGAAAUUGGCGAGGGAAUACGCUCUUGAAGGGCUGUAUGACACUUCGAUUAUCUUCUUUGAUGGUGUUAUAGCUCAGAUCAAUAAGCAUCUUAGUACAGUAGAUGACCCUUUAAUGCGUGCAAAAUGGAUGACUGUAAAAAAAGCUCUUUCUGAGGAAAUAGAAGUUGUAAAGCAGUUAGAUGCAGAGAGAAAGGCUUUCAAGGAAACACCCAUGGGUCGGCGUGCAGCUUCUCCUCCAAUUCAUGCCAAAUCAUCAUUUGUUUUUCAACCAUUAGAUGAGUACCCAACUUCUUCAGCUCCUCCCAUGGAUGAUCCUGAUGUUUGGAGGCCUCCAAGUAGGGAUUCGUCAAGUAGAAGGCCUGCAAGGGCUGGUCAAGUUGGUAUGAGGAAAUCACCACAGGAUGGGGCUUGGGCUCGUGGUUCCACCACCAGACCAAAUACCACAGCUCGUGGUGCGAAGGCUGGUGGUUCAAGUCGUGCUAACUCUGGUGUUCGUGCAUCAACUGCUGGAAAGAAAAGUUCUGGUGCUACUGGUAAAUCUAGCAAGUCAGAUUCUGCAAAUGGUGACGACGAUGGAAAAUCUAAGAAGGGACAGUACGAGGGACCUGAUCCUGAUCUAGCAGCUAUGCUUGAAAGAGAUGUGUUGGAAACCAGUCCAGGAGUGAGAUGGGACGAUGUUGCGGGCUUGAGUGAAGCAAAAAGACUUCUGGAGGAGGCUGUUGUUCUUCCCCUGUGGAUGCCAGAAUAUUUUCAGGGAAUAAGGAGACCGUGGAAAGGAGUCCUAAUGUUUGGCCCUCCUGGGACUGGGAAGACGUUACUUGCUAAAGCUGUGGCAACUGAGUGUGGCACAACCUUUUUCAAUGUUUCUUCUGCCACCCUGGCUUCAAAAUGGCGCGGGGAGAGUGAGCGCAUGGUCCGGUGUCUUUUUGAUCUUGCAAGAGCUUAUGCACCAAGUACUAUCUUUAUCGAUGAAAUCGACUCUUUAUGUAAUGCUCGCGGGGCUUCCGGUGAGCAUGAAUCUUCCAGAAGAGUGAAGUCAGAACUUUUAGUUCAAGUAGAUGGUGUAAACAACAGUUCUUCAGGCGAAGAUGGUAGCCGUAAAAUAGUGAUGGUUCUGGCUGCUACAAACUUUCCAUGGGACAUUGACGAGGCACUUAGGAGGAGGCUUGAAAAGCGUAUUUAUAUUCCUCUUCCUAAUUUUGAGAGCAGGAAGGAGCUUAUCAGAAUAAAUCUGAAAACUGUUGAGGUGGCUCCUGAUGUGAAUAUCGAUGAUGUUGCUCGCCGGACAGAAGGAUAUAGUGGGGACGAUCUCACAAAUGUCUGUAGAGAUGCUUCGUUGAAUGGAAUGAGACGUAAGAUAGCUGGAAAAACUCGUGAUGAGAUUAGAAAUAUGGCUAAGGAUGACAUUUCAAAGGACCCUGUUGCCAUGUGCGACUUCGAAGAAGCAUUGAAGAAAGUACAGAGAAGUGUUUCUGCUGCUGAUAUUGAACGGCAUGAGAAGUGGUUUUCAGAAUUUGGGUCUGCAUAAAUUACACACUAUUACGAAGAUCAGCAACGAAUUCAUCACUUUCCCUUCUGCCAAGUGAUUUGUUUAUUAAUUUUGUUUUUAUGACAAUCAUUGUGUUGUCACGGUGUGAUUAAUAUCUGCAGCCUUCUAUACAUCUUGUAAACUUUUGCUUCCUUUAACCACUGAUUCCAUGUAACUUUAUCAUUUACGAAGAAAUUGAAGUUUCGAUCCAUUCAAUUCUGCACCAAGGAAAUGUAUUGUUUUCUUUAUCUUUUACCUCAUUGGUUACUCGUGAUAUGAAAUUAAUUUUGUAGACUUUUUGGAAACCAGCCUCGAAUUUGAUUUU